AGUUGCCGGCUGACGUUUGGUAACAUUUUUCUCCAACGCGUGCGAUUCUCAGUUUUCCACGUUUUUCCCUGGAAUUAUGGAUGCGGAUUUGGCAGAAGCGAUCCAGUGUGUUGGGUACACGGGAAACUACAGUGCGGUGUUCCAGGAGAAGAGUCUCAACGAGGAGGCUCGUAAGCUUCUGGUCUGGCUGACGAAUGAAAUCCGCAUCCUGGGAAGUAUUGAUGAGCAAUUGACCGACGAUGGGGACGUGGAUUCGUUCAGAAUGACGCUAUCGAGCUUCUUGAAGGAGAUGAAGUGUCCCUUCGGCAGUUUGACAGACGGAAUGGAUAAGAAUCGCUUCAACACCAUUGACUCCCUGUCGAUGCUCUUCAAUUACCUGGUGAACGAGCUGAUGGCGCUGAAGAUGGUGCGCGCCAACAAGCCCAGAGACACCAGCAACGUGAUCACUCUCGAGGAGUCCCCAACGGCGGCGGCUAUGAAGGAGCUGGCGAUGGGCCUGGGAAUGGGCAAACCACCAGAGAACUUCCCCUGCAAGGCUCUCUUUGACAAGAUCGACUCGCGAUUGGCUGAGGUGAUGCAGAAGGCAGGUCCUAAGCGCAUCGGAAAGCCUCUGUUCAACCCCAAGAGUACUCUCACCGGCGAACAGUGGCAGAAGCUGGUGAAGCUGCAGCAGGAGCUGGAUCUGGAGUAUGAUCUGCGACGGAAGAUGCUGAUAACGCGACUGGAUGUCACUGUGCAGUCGUUCCAGUGGUCAGACAGACUGAAGAGCAAGGGUGAUGAGAUCUACCAACGAUACAAUGUCAAGCGGCAGCAUCUGGACACUCUGCAGACUGGCGGCAAGGACACGGACUUGUCCGCCCUCCUGGCGGCUCGAGAUCGUCUCGUGAUCAUCGAGAAGACGAGCAGUGCCGCCGUGAGACGAAAUACUCAGAGCAAGAUUCAGAGGCACAUCAUCGGACAGGUUCCUGACCGAGGAGGAAGAGCCUGGGAGCACGCUCCGCCGCCUCCGGAGAUGCCCUCGUGGCAGAAGAACCGGUCCACGGGAGGCGGCGGAGGCGGAGGACGCGGAGGCGGAAGGGGCGGCGGUCGCGGGGGAUUCCAGCACAAUCAGGGACACCAGAAUUAUCAGCAGCAACAGCAAUACUCGAAUUAUCAACCGCAGGGCAACAACCAGUACUACGAUAACCGCCAAGACGGUGGCCAGCAUCGUGGCGGUCAUCACGGCGGAGGAGGUAGUCGCGUUCAAGGCGGCUGGUCUCAGAAAGGCUCUGAAAACUACCGUCGUGACAACUAUGGCAGGAAUCAGCAGGACAACUUCGGGAGCAGGAAUCAGUACGACAAUUACGGCAACAGGAACCAGCAGGACUAUCAGGAUCAGAGCUAUCGUGGCCAUAAUCAGGGUAACUACAAUCAGGGUGGUUACAAUCAGGGCGGUUACAACCAAGGACGCUCGAAUUACCGCGGAGGCCGUCGCUAGAACGUCCCGGCGAACGUCAUACUCACGCUUUAUCCAAUCUCAAUCUUAAUUUAUUAGCGUGUAAUCUCACACUUUGCCACACAUAAACUUCUCCAUUUGUA